GUAGGGUCCUAGGGCUGCUCUACAGCACCAGGGCUCCAAGAGGAGAUUUAAGUCCUGGGUGGACAGGCUGAGCUCUCUGCCGGGCCAGACUCAGCGGACAGAUGGGGGCCUGGGAGGCAGGGCGGACCUGGAGAUCUAAGCCCAGAGCAUGUUCCAGAUCCCAGAGUUUGAGCAAAGUGAGCAGGAAGACUCCAGCCCUGCAGACAGGAGCCUGGGCCCCAGCCCCACCGGGGACGGACCCCCUGGCCCCAGCAAGCACCGGUACAUAGCCCCAGGCCUCCUGGGGGAAGCUGGUCACCAGCAGGGGCAGCGGGCCAGCAACAGCCAUCACGGAGGCGCUGGGGCUGUGGAGACGCGGAGUCGCCACAGCUCGUACCCCGCAGGGGCCGAGGAGAAUGAAGAGGAGGAGGAACCCAGUCCCUUCCGGGGCCGCUCGCGCUCGGCGCCCCCCAACCUCUACGCUGCGCAGCGCUAUGGCCGCGAGCUCCGGAGGAUGAGCGACGAGUUCCAGGGAUCAAUCAAGGGACUUCCUCGCCCGAAGAGCGCAGGCACAGCUACGCAGAUGCGGCAGAGCCCCAGCUGGACACGCAUUAUCCAGUCCUGGUGGGAUCGAAAUUUGUGGAGAGGAGGUUCCUCCCCCUCCCAGUGACCUGCCGUCCCACAUUCCGGAAUCCGCCGUUCCCGCCGCUGGCAGCCAUCUUGGGUAUGGGCGGAAGUCUAUCCGCAGGCCUUAUGCACAAGGAGGAUCGGUUCUGUCCUUUUCGGGAGGCGGUCUGACCCAGAGCCUGAUUUCGUUCCGGUGUGUGGGAGGACCACUGAGGGGUUCGGCCCCAUCGGAAGUUUGAGGUUUUCGGUCCUUAGCCGCCGGAAGUGGCCCCGUGACCCCGCCUCCCCGGCCCUGGGCUACCAGAGGCGCCUGCGGAAAGGUGCGAGCCGGGAAAACCGUAACUUCACCAGAACCCUUUUAUCUGCGGUAACUCCGCGGGCCGACGCUCGCCUGGGAUGUGCUAAUAAAGACCGCGUCUGCGCC